AUGGCAUCGUCAUUCUUCCACAAAUACUUCCCUAACCACAAGACCAAUGGCUUAAAAAGACAGAUUUCUACUUUUUCCCAAGAAGACAAUGAAACUCUCUAUCAAGUCUGGGAAAGGUUUAAGGAACUGUUAACUCUUUGUCCCCACCAUGGCUAUGAAAAAUGGUGCCUAGUUAGCUAUUUCUAUGAAGGCCUCACUAUUCGUGAACGCCAGUUUGUAGAAAUGAUGUGCAAUGGUGAAUUCCUUCAAAAAGAUCCUGAAGAAGCCUUGGAAUAUCUCAAUGAGCUUGCAAACAAAUCUCAUACCUGGACUGGUCCGAGUGCUACUGAAAGCACUAACCGAAAUCGACCAGCAGGAAUUUACCAAUUGAGGGAGGAGGAUAGCCUCAAAGCCCAAGUUGAGUCCUUAACAAAGCAACUUGAGGCAUUUAAGACAAAAGGUGGGCAAGGACUUCAUAUGAUUGCCCGAGCAGAAACACAUGAGCCAUGUUUUGUGUGUGGAGGAACGGAUCAUUUAGCUAAGGAUUGCUUAGCUUUUAGUGAAAUGAGGGGGGUUUAUGAAGAGCAAUGUAAUGCCUUAGGGGCCUAUAAUAAGCCAUUCACUCAUACGUACAACCCUGGUUGGAGAAACCACCCAAAUUUCAGCUGGAGAGAUCCCAACCAAGCACAAUCUUCUGGAGGGCAGUGGAGAAAUGAGCACCAGUCUCAACCAUCAAAAGCUCAACCUGCUCCUCAAUACAAUGCUCCUCCUCAAAGGAGUUCUCUUGAGAACACCCUUCAUUCAUUCAUGGAGGAGCAAGCCAAAAUAAAUCGUCAAAUGAUGGAAGAAAUCAAGGAAAUGAAAAGUCAAUUUUCAAAACUGACUGGAUCCUUGGUUAAUUCUGAAAGAGGCAAACUUCCUUCUCAGCCUCAAUUCAAUACACAAGGGUAA